AAAGUCAGAGGGUAAUUGUGGUAGAUUAACUCAAUAAUUACCAAAUUGUUGUUUUUUUGGCCAUAAACAGAUACCUCAAAUGUGUAUAUAUUUAUGGGCCAUAAAUUACUAUUUAGUAUUAAGGCGUCUUAUUUUGUGUUAAGGAGUUUGCCAUAAUCUUCUAUUAUUUUUAUUAAUAAUAAUAAGUCCAUUAAGUCUCUAAGUUCAGGUUGCUAAGUAUGGGGUUGCCAUAACAUAUUCAAACUUAAUUAUGAUUAAUUGGUUACAUUUAAUUGAUAUUUCUCUUAAAAAUGUAAAUUUGUUUCCUUAACCACAUGAAGCCAGCAUGGACAAAAAAAAAGCGUUUUUCCAAUGACAUUGCACAUGUAACUGAACUUUUCCUUUCAUGUAUCCUGGACACUGUUAUUCGUCAUGACUCGCACCUUUUCCGGCCUGUGUUCAGCGAUUCAGAUACACCGAUGCAUUCCAGAGGUGACUGGCGUGGGUGGAAUGUGGAAAGAGACACUCAACCGCGUGUGCAGGCCUGGUGUGUGCCCGUCUGUGCCCACUCACUCAGGAAGCCUCUGCCCCGCCAUAAUGUCUUCCUUGUGCAAAAAGCCACUAAUUCAUUCAGACUAGCAAGUAGCCCAAAGGAAGGCAGAAUGUGCUUUAGAGAUUUUCAGCCAUAACCUUACUUGUUUUGGCAUGACACUGCUUUAGGUGAGAUCUUUCGCUCACUGUUAGAAAAUAGAAGGACUUGUGUGAUUUAACUGCUCGGGACUGAGUUUGCUUUCGAGGGCUUCAGCAGUUGAUGCGGUAUGUGAAAGGCACGAUAAUGGCAAUUUUCUUUUUAACAAGGAGGUUGACGGUGAAAGGGAUCGGAAGCAUCCGGCGCGUCCAUCUCACCUGCAAAGAACGUUCAGCAUCUUAACCGCACAAAGACGCCUUUGUAUUGCUCUCUAAUAGUCUUUCCGGAAAAUAUGCAUACUUUUGUUUGGCUUGGUUUUGUGGUGUAAUCUAUAUUACAUGUUACCACUAGAGGGCAGCACGGGCAUGUAGAUGGGGGAGUACUGCAUGAGCAGAGUGAGAGACGCACAAUGUUAUUGUUGCAGCCUGUUAAUAAAGCGGCUUGAUGAACACUCAAGGGAACAGUCUUUAUUUGUAAAAGAACCCAACGCAACAUGGUGUCAGAAGUGGCUGUGCUUUGAGAAGGAAGUCAGCUUUACGCCCGGCUAGCUAUUAUGAGUGAGGAAGACCAAGCGAGAGGUGCCUCAGCAGCGGGAGCAGCCGCGGCGGCAGGUCCAGUAAUGGCGGCGGCAACCUUCACCAUCAAACCACCGGAGCCGUUUGAUUUUGCAAAGCCUCAAGAGUGGGAAAGGUGGAGUAGACGGUUCGAGCGUUUUAGACUGGCAAGUAACCUGAAUAGUUCUUCGGAAGCAAACCAAGUUAAUACUCUGGUUUAUUGCAUGGGAGAUGAGGCUGACGACGUGCUAAGAGGGCUCGAGCUAACGGCCAUGCAGCGCCAGCAAUACAAUGCAGUCAAAACAGCUUUCGACAGACAUUUUGUCCCAAGAAAAAACGUGAUUUACGAGAGGGCAAAAUUCAACAAGAGAGUGCAACAGCCAUCAGAACCUGUGGACACAUUUAUUACAGCUCUUUAUGCACUAGCAGAAAACUGUGAGUACGGUGCUCUUCAUGAUGAUCUUUUGAGAGAUAGGCUUGUAGUGGGUCUUAAAGAUUCGUCUCUGUCAGAAAGAAUGCAGCUUGACAAAGAUCUCACCCUAGCUAAAGCUAUCACUAUGGCAAGACAAUCUGAAGAAAUAAAGAGACAGCAAACUGACCUGAGAGGUGAAGUUAUCGCCAGCAAAACAGCUAUGGAUGCAGUACAAAUUAGAAAAGCCAAGCUGAGUAAGUUUAAAACCAAAGAGCAAAAACAGAUUAAGUCUCCGAAGUUUCAGCAGACCAAACAUGACAGUAAAGCAUGUUCCAGGUGUGGCAAGGCACCCGCACACGCAGCAGUGCAGUGCCCAGCAAAAAAUGCAGAAUGCCAUAACUGUGGAAAACGCGGACACUAUGGUAGAGUCUGUAAGUUCAGCACAUCUGUGAACGAGGUUGCGGACAGUGCGGCUGGACUUUUUCUGGGUGAGGUGGAUUCUGGAGAAGAACCAUGGCUGGCAGACAUAAACGUGGGCGGACAUAAGGUGACCUUCAAGUUAGACUCCGGAGCAGAUGUGUCUGCUAUUUCCGAACAAACAUUUUUGAGCUUCAAACUCAAAGACAAAGCAUUGGACAAGGCAGAAAAACCACUCUAUGGACCGGGUGGGGCUGCGUUAACUGUUUUGGGGUCUACCACAGAGACUAUUGUGUAUGGUGAUAGGAGCACUAUUGAGAAGAUCUAUGUAGUCCGAAACCUCCGCGUGCCACUGCUGAGUAGAACUGCUUCGGUGAGACUGAAGCUUAUCACCAGAGUCGAUACUAUAAACAAAGAGACAGUGACUAAAGCAUACCCCAAGUUAUGCGAAGGACUUGGGCGGGUACAAAAGCCAUACACCAUAAAACUAAAACCUGAUGCAAAGCCCUUCUCGCUAAAAGUGCCAAGGCGCGUGCCACUGCCGCUCAUGGGCAAAGUUAAAGAAGAGCUGGACAGAAUGGAAGGGUUGGGAGUUAUUAGUCGCGUGGACGAGCCGACCGACUGGUGCUGUGGCAUGGUUGUAGCUCCCAAAAAGGACAAAGAGAAGGUGCGUAUCUGUGUGGACAUGACACCUUUAAAUGAGUCCGUGUGUCGUGAAAGAUACAUACUUCCUUCUGUAGACCAAACGCUAGGCAUGCUCACAGGUGCUCAGUAUUUUUCUAAACUUGACGCAAAUAUGGGCUUUUGGCAAAUACCACUAUCCAAAGAGUCUGCACUCCUCACCACCUUCAUUACGCCAUUCGGCAGGUACCAUUUUAACCGUUUGCCAUUUGGCAUCUCCAGCGCGCCCGAACAUUUUCAAAACAUGAUGGUGACGGAGGUUACAGCAGAUCUCGAGGGAGUCGUCUGUCACAUGGACGAUAUCCUGGUCUGGGGAUCGACCGUAGAGGAGCAUGACACAAGACUGCAUGCUGUCCUGCAGCGGGCAGAGAAAGCCGGCGUUACGUUGAACAUGUCGAAAUGUGAGUUUAACAAACGAAAAGUAAAAUUCCUUGGAUUCAUCGUCUCAGCAGAUGGAAUGAGUCCUGAUCCAGACAAAACCCAAGCUGUUCAGGACAUGAAGGAGCCAAGCAACGUGAGUGAGCUUAGGAGCUUUCUCGGUAUGGUGAACCAACUGGGGAAGUUUAUUCCAAACCUUUCUGAAAAGGAUAAACCACUGAGAGACUUACUUUCAACUAAGAACAUGUGGUACUGGGGGCACGACCAGCAAAAGGCGUUUCACAACCUUAAACACGAACUGUCUUCUCCUCCUGUGUUACAGCUCUACAACCCGAAUAAGCCACAGAAAAUCUCCGCGGAUGCCUCUUCAUUUGGCCUGGGGGCAGUCAUGCUACAGAAAGAGGGAAAUGUGUGGUCACCAGUUGCUUAUGCUUCCCGAUCUUUAACACCUACAGAGCAGCGCUACGCUCAGGUGGAAAAAGAAGCGCUAGCUCUUACGUGGGCCUGUGAGAGGUUUAAUGACUUUAUUCUAGGCCUUCACUUUGAACUCGAAACUGACCACAAGCCACUAGUGAGUCUUCUGGGAGGACAAGCUUUGGAUGCGCUUCCGCCGCGGAUACAGAGGUUCCGUAUGCGCUUAAUGAGGUACUCAUACACAAUAAAGCACAUCCCUGGCAAAAGUCUCACCACAGCUGACACACUCUCACGCUUACCGCUUACAAACAGUGUUACGGGCGAUGAUACAGAUCUUAUGGAGGACACUAAUAUUUACCUUGAAUCUGUGCUAGAGGGCCUUCCUACAAGCAGUAAAUAUCUGGCAGAUCUUCAAGAGCAGCUGAUGUCUGACAGUGUCUGUUCUCAAGUCAUAAGGUACUGUGCAGAAGGCUGGCCGGAUCGUAACCAGCUACAAGGAGCGGUGAAGCACUACUGGCCUGAGAGAGCUGUUCUGAGUGUGCACAACGGACUACUACUUAGGGGCACAAGCCCUCUUUUCCGUGGGAACUCUGACGUUGACCAGUUAGGCAAGAUUUUUGAUGUGGUGGGGGUCCCUUCUCCAGAGGACUGGCCGCAGGAGGUGGGCCUGCCACAGAGUGCCUUUUCCCCUCGCCCUCCCCAGCCCAUAGAGGACCUGGUGCCUGACAUGGAUGAGCUGGGCAAAUCACUUUUACUUCGUUUUCUGUCUUUUAACCCCUCCAGAAGGAUAUCAGCUUAUGAUGCACUGUCUCACCCAUACUUCCAGAGUCUCGACAGCACCAGCAAGAGUCUGUACGCCCAACCCUUUCCCAGCCAAAAGCCCUCCCUGGAGGAGAGAGCUGCUUGAAAGACAUGCUUUCCCACUGUAGACCCCCAUCCAGUCCCCCUGUGAACCAGUCUUCCAGAGCAUAACGUCACAUGCUGCUUUUAAAAAGAUCACCGCAACUAUUGGUGGAUCAUGUUUUGUCUUUGCCCUCACUACUGCCAGCUCAUCCGGAUCAACAUCAUGCUGCCUGGAAUUACAUGUUUGACAAUAUCAGAAGCUGCUCUCGUCUCCCACCCACCUUCCUGAAAGGAAGUCUGUCUGCUCAGAGGAAAAUGUGCUUCUCGAAUCUGAAGCCACAUCAGCACACUGCCAGGGAUUGUCCGUCUGUUUGCAUCAAUGCAAUGUACAGGUCUAAACUGAGUCUUAGCUGCACAUCACUGCCAUGAAACAGCAAGGUCUUAAGUGGGACCGUGUCCGUCUCACUUGGAUUAAGCAAAUGUAGAACCACAACUACUGCGAGAUUCAGGCCCGUUGAACGGAACCGAUUAUUUGACACCUAAAGAUAUAACCGCUAAUUCACUUUUGUGUUUUUGAGCUCACACUUUCUAAGUCCUCAGCCAGGAGGAUUUUUGUGGUGUUUUCUGUUUUAUGUUGUUACUCUGCAGUUCAAGCAGGAGAGUGUGGACACAUCUCCUCAUGUGACUUUUUAUUUUUUUUUAAUGACUGCAUAACCACAGACAAGCAGCUUCAUUUAGUGCUCGGUUUAAUAUGGCAUUUCAUCACAAGCAUCCUGGUAUCCUGAAUCGUCCAGGACAGAGCUACCAAAUGCUUUGAAGCACUAGUUAACACCAUAUUUCCUUGAUUAUAAUGUGUAAGUGAUUUUACCUUCCAUAUAAGUUUCACAUCCUGUACACACAUUUUAUCUCAGUGUUGAUUGUUGACUUUUUUUUUUUUUUUGGCAUGUUAUGUCUUCAUUUUAGUGAACUUGAAGGUGUAGGUUGUUGUAGAAAUCCCGUCGAUACAUAUACCAAACAGUCUGCACCCUGUUGUCAGGGAUUUAGCGUAGAGACGUAGUCGAAGGAUGACCCUCGCCGGGUUGCAUGUUGACUUUAGGGUUGGUUUAGUGCAGAAAUAAACCAAGAUGGCUAACAGAAAUACAUGUAUGAAAGUGUUAGAGCAUAGUUAUGAAAGUCUAAUAAAAGUAACUAUAGAGUUGGUGAGCGUUAAGUUCAAGGUCAGGUUGCGAGAUUCGUUGGAGGCUCGGAGAGUAAUGUAUUAUCCCAUAAUUCAAUGAUUAAGUCCAAGUCCUUUCUUAUACAAUCAAAUGCUGCAUCCUUCCAUUACCAAUUUCACUUCAUUGUCUGGAUAGAUCAUCACAAAUGGCUAACAAGUCGUAAUAUCUCCUAGAUGGUUUGCUUUCAGUGCCGUCAUGUUUAGCGUGUGAUGGUAAAAGUGGAGGGAAGGAAGGACGCUGCUUCAGAAUUUAGCAUUUAGCCUGCUGAAUCCAGUUGAAGCUUUUGGAUGAGGAGCAAUAGGCAAGCACUGUAGUACUACAAAACACUCACACAGUUAAAGGGAUAGUUCACCAAAAAAUGAUGAUUCAUGCUCCAAACCGUCUUGUGGAACACAAAAGGAGAUAUUUUAAAGAAUGUUGGCAGCCAACCAGUUUUGGUUACCACUGACUUGCAUUGUAUGGACAAAAACAAACACUGAGACAUUUCUCAAAAUACAUCUUUGCAUUCCGCGGAAGAAACAAAGACUUACCGGUUUGGAAGGACAUGAGGGUUCGAGUAAAUGAUAAGAGAAUGUUGAUUUUUGGGUGAACCAUCCCUUUUAGAACCGAUGCUUGAUUCAUUUUCUCAGGAUCAGUAAACUCAUUCUGUCACAUUCCAAGCUCAGGUCUAUUUAUGACUAGUUUUAGAUUCAACAAAGGGUUCAGGUUUUAGCUUAACCAUUAAUCUCGCAGUAAUCCUCAUCGAUUAUGGACAGAUAAUGUAACAUACAGUUGGUCAUUUCAGCAUUUAUCAUUUUUUAUUUAUAUAAUAUUAUUAUUAUUAAUAAUAUUGAUAUUAUAUUGUAUGUAUUAAAUCACUGUCGUGUGGUAACUUUUGUACUGUUAGCAUUUUUGAUUUCACAAAUAUUCUGUGAUCAGCUAUCCGUUGUCUCAGUGCAUCAGUCUAUCAAAUGAUUUCAGUUUCUAAUUGGUGUGUAACGCCACCAGUUUUAAAAUCUCCACUGAACUGACGUUACGAUGGCUUUACCCUCCUCCAAAUAAGUCUGAGAUGAGAUUUGGUGAUUUCAGAGGGCAUUAGAUAACAAACAGUGUAAACCAAUGUAACUGUAGGCCUUUAUGUAAGUGGGUCUUGUACAGAACUAAUCCGUUUUUUGAGCUUGGUUAGUAAUUCUUAGUGUUUUAACAUUCUAAAUGUAUUAAAUGUUAGGCUUUUGAAUGUACAACCCAUUCUUGUUAGUGAUGGAAAUUAAUUUUGGCAUGAUGUCAUGCUGGAUAAAAAAAAUAGCACCUUUUGAUAUUUGCAUUUCCCCAUUUUUUUUUUUUUUUUUUUUUUUUUUUAUGAUUUGUUUUAGUUAGUCCUCUUUUAAAAUCACUUUUGAUUUGUGUGAUCGGAUAUCAUUUUAAGCAAAUUACUUUUGAAAACGCUGGACAUUGGUACAUGUUUUGCUCCCUACAUUUUGUGCUUAUUUAUUACCAUAUUAUAUUAGUUGGCUGUAAUGCUUCAGAAGGCAUUCUGUCAAUGUACUACUCAAAUUUGUGAGUGGACAGUGAUGAACUAAUGGUGCUACACCUCACGUCACUGCAGACUUGAACAACUCGAAUCAAUAAGGCAAAUUUGUUCCUAAAAGAACAGUAACAAUAAAAGUGUCUUUUUAAAUAUUCUGUUUUAUUUUGGUUUCCUUUUUAUUGUAUUUUAUUUGCAUUAUAUUUUAUCAGUUCUACAUGAUUUACUUUUUGCUAUGUUUUCCCAUUUAUAAUUUACUCCAGACAGAGAAAACUUUGAAUUUAAAAUCAUAAAGCUGGAAAAUACUAUCCAUUAAAUCACAGUAAUGUAAUAUGCUAAUUCAUCCACCAUGCAUACAUAUUCUAAUCAAUGUGCACAAUCUUUUUAUUCUGUUUAGCUGCUGCACAGACACUGUGUAAUGAAAAUGAAUUAUUACCAUUAUAAUACAACUUUGUUCCUUUAUAAGCAUAUUUUAGUCAUUAAUAAUCAAGUGUUAUAUCACUUUAGACUGGCUGAAAUGUAUAUGGUUCAUUCCACUUAUUCUUUAAAACAUGUAAACUGAGUGGAAUGAUUUCUGAUGUUUUAUGAUGUAUUUCUAUUUUAUAAUCAUAUGUAUGUCUUAUAUUUUGUAGUUAUGUUUUAUGGAUUUCUGUAAUCAUUUAAAAAAAAAUAUAUAUUUUAGUCUUUUAACUGUGCACAUUGAUUAGAAGUGGGAAUUGUUUUUCAAGGGUUUCUUUUUUCACACAUUGGCUGGAGAGUGAUGUUUUUUUUUUUUUUUUUUUUUGCAAGAAACCAAUCUGCGGUGUACAUUUUUAAUGUUAAUGUUGCAUUUUAUGUUUUCAGCUUUGUCAUGAGAUGUGGGGAUGGAAAAAUGCUUUGUUUAAAAGUCUUGUUCAACUGUAUGUAAUUCUACUGCUAAAACAUUUAGCAUUUUUCUGCUUUUAGCAUACAGAUUUUGUUUUUGUUUGUUUUAUGUAAUGAAAGCGCAUGUGGAUGGACUGUAGAUCACAUGCAUUUGACAUUACUUUUUUUUUUUUUUUAAAGCCUGGUUCAUCUAGUCAUGACUAGUCCAGUAAUGAUGGUUAAUCAUAAAGGAAGUAUAAUUUAUCUCCUUUUAUGAUGAAAUACUGAAAUUCAGUUUAAAGUGAAUCUCUUUUAAGCUAUAUGUUAUUCUGUUAAAACCGCGUGUUCUUGAAUUGAAAGCAGAUGCUUUGUUGAUUCAUUUCAGUGAGCUACUACAUUGUCAGUAAAGUGCAAAUAAUUGUAUGUUUUUUGCAAGAACCAAAUUGAAUUGAGUGUCGGUCAUUGUGCCCUUAUAGGACCAUAUUAGUUUGUUUUUCUUUGAAUAAGGAUGAAUGAGAUAUGGUAGUGUUGUGGCUUUGUUUUUGUAUUUUCUGGACUGGUUUUGCUGCUAAUGUUUGUCUUAGGCUCUGGCUCCUGUAUGAGUUUUAUUAAACUGGCCCACCUAAAGAUCCCAAUUUGCUGCCAUUGAGAAAAAAAAGCUGCUUUUGCAUUUUGUUUUAUAUCUGUAUUUGCCUGACGUUCUCAUAUUUUUGUAAAAUAAAUAUUCCAGUGUGUUAAACUGGGUUGUAACAUUG